GUCCACGUUUCCACUGCAGUUUCUCCUUUGUUUUACGUUUGGAAGGAGUUGGCAUUGAAAAUAGCAGAGCGCUUCGCGGUAACAGGGACAAAUGUACUGAGGCUGGAGCCUGUGUGAACAGAACGGAAGAGGCCUUCGCUGUCGUAGAGCUCACAGUCUAGCAGCAGGUGUUUGCUGAAGACAGCUUACUCAGAUCACUACUCCCUGGAGGUGGUUGAUACAUCCUGGUGUAAACCUUCAAGAAGGACACAGUCAGGAAAACAUGAACCAGCAACUGAAGAAACGGGCCAAGACGAGACGCCAGAAAGGCCCGGGUGGAAGAGCCCCCGGCAGGGCUAAGCCCGGGCCAGGCAAGGCAAGCCAAGACCUGCAGGCGGAAAUGGAGCCUGUGGGCGCCGUGUGGGCCUUCUGUGAUGACCACGUGUGCCAUGAGCCUGGCCCUCAGGCUGUUGGAGAGGACGAUUUCUCAGACUGUUACAUAGAAUGCAUCAUAAGGGGUGAGUUUUCUCAACCCAUCCUGGAAGAGGACUCACUUUUUGAGUCCUUGGAAUACCUAAAGAAAGGAUCAGAACAACAGCUUUCUCAAAAGGUUCUCGAAGCAAGCUCCCUUCUUGAAUGUUCUCUGCAAUACAUGAAAAAAGGGGCAAAGAAAGAGCUUCCUCAAAAGAUAGUUGGAGAGAAUUCGCUCGAGUGUUCUGAGUACGUGACAGGCGAGAAGCUUCUGCCUGGAGGAAUACCUGGCAUUGACCUCUCAGAUCGAAAACAGCUCGCAGAAUGUGCUAGAAAGAAGCCCCCCGUAAGUAAAGAAUAUGACAGUCUGAGUGCGAUCGCUUGUCCUCAGAGUGGAUGCAGUAAGAAGUUGAGGAACACAGCUGCCCUGAAAAAGCAUCUCCUCACUCAUGGUCCCCGAGACCACAUCUGUGCAGAAUGCGGGAAAGCCUUCGUCGAGAGCUCGAAACUAAAAAGACAUUUCCUGGUUCACACUGGAGAAAAACCGUUUCAGUGCACUUUUGAAGGGUGCGGAAAGCGCUUCUCCCUGGACUUCAAUUUGCGUACGCAUGUACGCAUCCACACGGGGGAGAAACGGUUCGUGUGUCCCUUUGAAGGCUGUAACAGGAGGUUUACUCAGUCAAAUAACCUGAAAGCCCACAUCCUAACGCAUGCAAAUACGAACAAGAAUGAACAAGACGGAGAGUGGUCCUCCAACAGGAUAGGCAGAAGAGUGAUCAGUGAUCAGUGACAAAUCGGCCUCUUGAUUAUUGUUUCUAGGACGGAAUUUUUAAAUCAAUAUUGCAGCCCCAAAAGCGGUUAUAAUUUGGUGUUUCUAAGAUGCUCCCAUACUUUGUGAUACCGUUUUGAGAACAUGGUGUAUUUUUUUUCUUUUUUGUUUUAUUUAGAACUUUGUAUUCUUAAAAUGUGCUUCCAACAGGAAGGUCAGUGAUAAAUUGACUUCAAAAGCAUGACCUUUAAUAUAGUAUCUGUUGGAUUAUUAGAUAUAAGACUUAUUUUCAUGUACUAUAAAUAUGAAAAUAACUUUGAGUUUUAA